GGAUUAUAAUCCUGACAGCAGCCUUCUUCAACACCUAUAAAAUCCCCCUCUGGCUAAUGCACCACAUGCUAACAAGGCAAAUACAGAGCGCUAAUGGAGGUGAACAUGAGAGUGAUGGUGCAGGUGCUGUUGUUGGCGUUGGUGGUGCAGGUCACCCUGUCCCAGCACUGGUCCUAUGGGUGGCUACCAGGUGGGAAGAGGAGUGUGGGAGAGCUGGAGGCAACCAUCAGGAUGAUGGGCACUGGAGGAGUGGUGUCUCUUCCCGAAGAGGCGAGUGCCCAAACCCAAGAGAGACUUAGACCAUACAAUGUAAUUAAUGAGGAUUCCAGUCAGUUUGACCGCAAGAAAAGGUACAAGGAUUACUGAAGAGCUUUAAAAAAAAAAAGAUACAAACAGACUGUAUUUUCAUCACUGCUGGAUCACCAGACUCCAACAAAUCAUCACUUUUAUUUCUCAAUGAUUUGCACGUCUGUAUCAUUUAAAUCUGUUUCCUAUUGUAAUGAGAACUUCAAAUCUGGUACUUCUGUCUAAUCUUUUGUCUGAAAGUGUAAUGUCUUUGUGCAGAUGUGGUCAUUAGAACUGAAAUGAUGCUCCUUCAGAAUAAAAUGCUGCUUUAAAGCCUUUAAA